CUUUCUUUGUUGGAAAACCUCUUUCUUCAACUCUUUUUCUGUAUGAAAACUGACUUGAUCCUUAUUAAACUCGGAUUGGUGGCACGUCGUCUUUGCAUUGGGUUUCAGCGUUAGGUUCUUGCAUCUUACAUUACCUAUUAUCACUACUGCUACUAUAUCUCUCCCCUCUCUUUCUACCUAACUGUACAUUAUUUGUUAUAUUCCAAACCCUUCUUAUCCAACAAACCCUCAAGUAACUGUCUCCUCCUGCUUGUUCAAUCUCGAUGAGUGCUGUUUUCGAAUUCGAUGAAGCCGAUCUGGCCAUUAACAGUGGCGAUCAUGGCGAUGACAACGAUUGCGACUAUGGCGAGGUUGCGAUCGGCAAUAGUGGUGGUCGUACCAGCGUCAACAAGGGCAGUAUCCUCAGCAUUUACAACAGCAAUAAUGGCGGUCUUGAAAGCGGCUAUGCCUCAGAAAACGAUGCAGCCGAGCCGACCCCAAUCGCGGCUGGUGAACGACUGUACGAAGUGCCACUCGCCGAAGACUAUGUCUCGUCCUCCGUUCAAGAAUCAAAACGUACACACAAAAAGGCGUGCAAGGCCGACUUUGAAACUUUAAAAGUGCUUGGCCGUGGAGCUUAUGGCAAAGUGUCACUCUGUCGUCAUGUGGAAACGAAUCAACUGUACGCAAUGAAGGUAUUAAAGAAGGCCUCAUUGUUUGUGCAUGCGAAAAAUGCUGAACAUACCAAGGCCGAGCGUGAAAUUCUUGAAGAAGUCCGACACCCGUUUAUUGUGCAGCUCCUGUAUGCAUUUCAGACGGACGAUCGCCUGUACUUGAUUUUGCAAUAUGCCAUGGGCGGAGAACUGUUCACACAGAUGGCUGCAGGUAUUUGCGUUUAUUUGCUUUUUACCCCUUGCAUAAUGUCAUGCUGUUUACUGAUUGCUGUUUUUUUUACUACUAUUGUCAUUGCGAUGAAUUUAGAGCAAAUGUUUUCUGAAGAAGUGGCACGUUUCUACAUUGCAGAACUUGUGCUCGCAUUGGAGCAUCUUCAUUCGCUCGGUAUUGUGUAUCGUGAUUUGAAACCCGAAAACUGUUUGUUGGAUGCCGAAGGCCACGUGCUCUUGACGGAUUUCGGUCUUAGUAAACAAGCCCUCGGUGCGGAUGGCAAGGCUAAUACCAUUUGUGGCACGGCCGAGUAUAUGGCGCCUGAAAUCCUGAUGGAGAUGCACUAUGAUAAAAGUGUUGAUUGGUGGACGUUGGGCAUUUUAAUGUUUGAAAUGCUUACGGGCGAUACUCCGUUCCGUGCAAACAAUAAGAAGAAAACGCUUGAUGCCAUCCAGAACAAGAAACUAAAUGUACCUUACUAUGUUACCAAUGAUGGCAAAGAUUUACUAAACAGACUCCUCCGUAAAAAUCCAAAUGGUCGUCUUGGAAGUGGCAAUGAUGGCACCAAGCGCGUGAAAUCACACCGCUGGUUCCGCAAAAUCAACUGGGAAGACCUCAAGGCACGCAAAAUGACACCUCCCAUUAUACCUGUUGUUACCAAACCUGAGCUUGCUGAGAACUUCUCUGACAAGUUCACAAGCGAGGCGAUCAAAGAAUCACCUGUGGAUAACCAUGGAGCAUCCCUCGAAGCACAUAUGAGAGAUUACUUUCAAAACUUUAGCUACGUUGCUCAUUCGCAUGUUUUGACAAGUGCUUUUGAUAAAAAUUAGCUUUUUUGCUGCCAUUUCAGCGUAUGCACAUUUUCCAUACUUGAUGGAUCAGUAAAAGUUGUCUCAUGUGUAAUAUCGAUCCUUCUUAUCAUCACUUCAUCGAGGCAAUAUCACAUUAAGCGUUCUGUAAAGUGGCCGCAGGCGGGAAUUCUUUCCUUCUGUUUUUAAAGUUUUUGUCUUCGCUUUCCAC